AUGUUCUCCCGAGCUUUGUGGGCCCGCCAGGCCGCGCCCUUGAGGCGUCAGGCUUUUGUUCCCUACGCCCGUCGUUCCGUCACCACCGACGCCGCCUCGUCGCAUGCUGAAAAUAUCCCCCAGGAGGAUGACAAGCCCUUCACCGUCAGACUCUCCGACGAGAGCUUCGAGACCUACGAGGUCGACCCCCCUCCGUACACCAUGGAUGUGACCAAGAAGGACCUCAAGCAGAUGUACUACGACAUGGUCUCGAUAAGACGUAUGGAAAUGGCUGCCGACCGUCUCUACAAGGAAAAGAAGAUCAGAGGUUUCUGCCACCUGUCCAGCGGUCAGGAAGCCGUCGCCGUCGGUAUCGAACACGCUAUCAACCGUGACGACAAGAUCAUCACCGCCUACCGAUGCCACGGUUUCGCCCUGAUGCGCGGUGGUACCGUCCGCUCGAUCAUCGGAGAGCUCCUCGGUCGCCGUGAGGGUAUUGCUUACGGCAAGGGUGGUUCCAUGCACAUGUUUGCCCCCAACUUCUACGGUGGUAACGGUAUCGUCGGUGCCCAGGUCCCUGUCGGUGCCGGUCUGGCUUUUGCCCAGCAGUACAACGAGCAGCCCAACACCAGUAUCGUCCUGUACGGUGACGGUGCUGCUAACCAGGGUCAGGUCUUUGAGGCCUUUAACAUGGCCCAGCUGUGGAAGCUCCCCGUUCUGUUCGGUUGCGAGAACAACAAGUACGGUAUGGGUACCUCCGCUGCUCGUUCAUCCGCCUUGACCGAGUACUACAAGCGUGGUCAGUACAUCCCCGGUAUCAAGGUCAACGGUAUGGACGUCCUGGCCACCAAGGCCGCCGUCCAGUAUGCCAAGGACUACACCGUCGCCGGUAAGGGUCCCUUGGUGUUCGAGUACGUCACCUACCGUUACGGAGGUCACUCCAUGUCCGACCCCGGUACCACCUACCGUAGCCGUGAGGAGAUCCAGCGUAUGCGCAGCACCAACGACCCCAUCGCCGGUCUCAAGCAGAAGAUCCUCGACUGGAGCGUCUGCACCGAGGACGAGCUCAAGGGCUUGGACAAGGCCGCUCGUGCCUUCGUCGACGAGGAGGUCGCCAUCGCCGAGGCCAUGCCCGCCCCCGAGAACACCAAGCGCAUUCUGUACGAGGACAUCUACGUCCGCGGCAGCGAGCCCCGAUGGAUGAGAGGCCGUACCGUCGACGAGACCCACUACUACUAG